UUUUGAUUAUGGAAACACUAGUGGCCCGCCACGUUUCGCCAGUCUUGUUAGUUGUCCACUCGUCAGUAAUUUUUAACUUCGUAUCCGUUUAGCACGAAAACAAAGCCAUAUAUUUUAAAAAUGAGUGCUCCAGCACCAACUCCUGCCUACAAAAUUGGAAUAGUAAAGCAGGUGUUAUCUGGAGAUACUGUGGUGAUCAGGAGACAGCCCCAGGGGGGGCCGCCACCAGAGAAAGUGAUUGCUCUAUCUGGCAUCACCGCGCCUAAGCUCGCUCGUCAAAGAACAGCUAACAAUGACAAUGAAUCAAAAGACGAGCCUUAUGCAUGGGAGGCACGAGAAUAUCUCAGGAAGAAGCUUGUUGGUAAAGAAGUCAUUUUCACGGCAGAGAAGCCACCAAACUCUGCAACCAGAGAGUAUGGCUCCGUGUGGGCUGGCAAGGAUCCUACUAAAGAUGAGAAUGUGACCGAGGGUCUACUUGCGGAAGGUUUAGUUAAAGUAAGAGAAGGCGGAAGAAAUAUCCCACAACUGAAACGAUUGGUAGAGAUUGAAGAUGUUGCUAAAUCACAAGGAAAAGGCAUAUGGGGCUCAGAUCUUCAGGAGCAUGUUCGUGACAUCAAAUGGAGUGUUGAGAAUCCUAAGCAAUUUGUAAACAAGUUCAAUGGGCAACCUGUGAAAGCCAUCAUUGAAUAUGUGCGUGAUGGUUCCACAGUUAGAUUGUGUCUGCUACCUGACUUCUGCCAAGUCACUUUGAUGUUAUCAGGAAUAAGGUGUCCUGCUGUAAAACAAGAUGGUGAAUCAGAGCCCUAUGCUGAAGAGGCUAGGUUCUUCCUAGAAUCAAAGCUCCUUCAAAAGGAUGUUGAAGUUAUCCUUGAGUCUGUAAACAACAACAAUUUUGUUGGAACUAUUCUGCAUCCUCAAGGCAACAUUGCAGAGGCGCUACUUCGGCAAGGUUUCGCAAGAUGUGUUGAUUGGUCCCUUGCUGUCAUGAAAUCAGGUGCAUCUACACUUAGAACGGCUGAACGUGCUGCAAAGGACGCAAGACUUAGAAUCUGGGCUAAUUACAUCAGUAACGCUCCCGUGAUCGCCGCUAAAGACAAGGAAUUCUCUGCAACUGUCCUAGAAGUUGUCAAUGGUGACGCUUUAGUCGUCAAAAUGCCCAAUAACACUCAGAAGAAAAUAUUCCUGGCUAGCAUUCGUCCCCCACGUGAAAAGAACAGCCCUGAUGAAGAAGGUAAGCAGUCUCCUAGGCCAAAAGGAUUCAAGCCUCUUUAUGACAUACCUUGGAUGUUUGAAGCCCGUGAAUUUCUCAGAAAGAAACUUGUUGGGAAAAAGAUUAGUGUUACGGUUGAUUAUAUUCAACCUGCAAAGGACAACUUUCCUGAAAAGACUUGUUGCACUGUAGUUGCUGGUGGAGUAAAUAUGGCAGAGGCAUUAGUUGGCAAGGGCUUUGCUACAGUUGUAAGAUAUAGGAAUGAUAAUGACCAGAGAAGUUCACACUAUGACAAACUCCUAGAAGCAGAACUUAAAGCACAGAAAGCAGGUAUCGGUGUUCAUGCCAAGAAAGACAUCCCCGCUCACCGUAUUCAAGACACAAGUGGUGACUCUGCUAAAGCAAAGAAGUUCUUCCCAUUCCUGAAGAGGGCUCAAAAGACAGAGGCUACUGUGGAAUUUGUCGCUAGCGGGUCACGUAUGCGACUGUACAUUCCCAAAGAGUCUGUCCUUGUUACAUUCUUACUGGCAGGCAUUAACUGUCCCAGAGGUGCUCGCCCUGCUGUGGGUGGCGGUGGAAUGCAAGAUGCUGAACCGUUCGGCGAAGAAGCCCUACAAUUCACUAAAGAGAAAUGUUUACAGCAUGAUGUAAUUGUUACAAUUGAAGAAAUGGACAAAGCCGGCAACUUCAUUGGUUGGCUCUGGAUUGAUAACGAGAACCUGUCAGUAUCAUUAGUGGAACAUGGUCUCGCGUCGAUGCACCAUACAGCUGAAACGUCAGAGUUCGCUCGCCCAAUCAAAAAUGCUGAGGAAAAUGCUAUCAAGAAACGCCUCGGAAUCUGGAGAGACUAUGUAGAAGUAGAAAAAGAAUCUGAAAAAGAAAGGAAUGCGCCCGUUCAAGACCGCAUCAUCAAAUACGAGAAGGUCGUCAUCACUGAAAUCACACCUGAAGGCAAUUUUUAUGCUCAAAAUGUCGAUUCGGGCACAAAGCUAGAAAGCCUCAUGGACAAAAUCCAUCAGGAGCUCAAAACUAAUGCGCCAUUACCGGGUUCUUACGUUCCCAGGCGUGGCAACAUUUGCGCAGCUCGUUUCACUUUGGAUGACCAGUGGUAUAGAGCUAAAGUAGAGAAGGUUACUGAAGAUAAGAAAGCUCAUAUCUUCUACAUUGAUUAUGGAAACCGUGAGAUUGUAAGUGCGACCAGAUUGGCUCCACUCCCGGCUGGAACCGAAACGGAGCCAGGAUAUGCGAACGAGUAUUCUCUUGUUUGCGUGAAGUUCCCAUCUGAUCCGGACGAUAGAUCGGAAGCGGUCGCCGCCUUCUCAGCGGACACACUGAACAAGAAACUCUUGUUGAACUUAGAGACUCGCGGCUCUCCGCCCGGCGUCACGCUCGUUGACCCCGCCACUAAUAUCGAUCUCGGCAAGAACUUGAUAAAGGAGGGCCUGGUGCUAAUGGAAAGCUUACGCGACCACCGACUGUCCGGUUUAGUUGCGGAAUAUCGUGCCGCCCAAGAGCACGCGAAGAGUUCCCGCCUGAACCUAUGGCGGCAUGGAGAUAUCACUGACGACGACGCGGCAGAGUUCGGAGCGCGUCGCUAGCGCGAACUAACGUGGUACGACGCCACCGCAUUGCCAUCGCAUACGCUCAACUGUGCCACCUGCACAGCACCUCACAUGGAAACAAUUAUAUAUGCAAUCAUCUAUGACUUUCUGUGAAGGCAACAAAGACAUUAACCCCAUCCAAAAUCCCUUAUCAGAAGUGAAAUUAGAUUUUAACAUACCGCUUCAUAGUGUUAUCGCUGUAAAAAAUACAAUAUAUUUAUAAUUGAUAAAUAGCAAUUCGUACUCUUCUAUGUAAUGUUAUAUAACAGGGUUGUAAAUUUCAAUUCUGGUUUAGAGACGUUUCUGUGACUGGCUUUCUGGAUGUUAAAUAAAUAGUUUUUAAUAUAAAACACUUCUCAGUAAUAUAAAAAUUAUCAUGAAUUAUUUGAAGAGUUCUAAAUGUUGUGAAUAUUAAUAUUGUGUCUAUUAAUAUGAAAUAUUAUAAUUGGUAGUUUUCCCAACUGUUAUAGAAGAAUAUUUUAAAUGACCAUUGUCUUGUUUCAUAAUAAGUGCUUUUAAAUACAGCAGUGCCCGAAAUAUGGUGUUCGAGAUAUAAUAAAAUAAAUAUAAUAAACGUGGAUUUUAGCCCUCAGUAAUAUCAUGAUUACAUAGUUUAAAUUAAUGUGUAAAUUAUUUGAUUAUUGACAUAAUAAUUAUAGUAUUAAAUAUAUUAUAUAUACAUAUUUGUUUUCAUGACUAAUAUAUCAAAUGAAAAUAAAUUUAUAUUAAUGUGAAUUGUUAAAAGUAAUUUUUUUACAGUUUGUAUAUCAGCAAAUGUUUUUUUUUUUUAUAUUUCGUUGUUGAUUUCACUAUUUAUUUACAAUUACACGUUUAUUAGCCAAAUAUAUCAAGAAAUUAUGUUAAUUAGCAUUUGUCCAUAUUAUUUAGCUUGUCUUGUUGCUUGCUUCAUAGAUUGUACAUUUUGUACCAACGCACUUAAUACAUUAUUGAUUUAGCGUAGCAUUAUAGAUACAGCUAUCACGGACCUCCCUAUUUUAAAAACUUCGUAAUUAUUAUGGCUUUUUCUAUAUAUAUAUAUAUAUAGGUAAACUACUGUUUUGACAAAUAUUUGUUAAAUAAAACCAACGAGGUAAAAAUUUACCAAUUUAAACAGAAAUUCUCAUUCCAAUAGUAGUUCAUUUGUAUCUUCAAAGAAUCAUAUCCCGCAAUAUACCUUAUUACACUCUCUAGCGUUAUGAAAUGUUAUCUCAAAGCAAGUAAUCUCUGAAAUGUAAAUAAUAACAAUUUCUAAUGUAAUUUUCGUUAUAAAUCAAAUAAAGUCAAAUUAAUAAACUCCCAUUACAAUUAAAAAAAAUUCAAACGCUAAUGAUGGCUUAUGAAUCCCAAUGUUUUGAAAGUACACACUCGUUGGUUGUUAUCUCCUUAAAUUAAUGAAAUGCUACCUCUCUAUCAGAGAUGUUUAUUAUGAUAAAAUUUUAUUCACAGACAAAGUACCAUACGGUGGAUUGUUAAACGAACUUGGUAUAUUGAAAUAAAUAUUUUAGGAAAUAAUCGUGUUUUCUUUAUAAGG